CAUUUCGGACUCAUAUUUUGUAUCAUCGCAAAAAAGAGGUGUGUGGCUUUGAAUCGGAUCGGAGAGACAGAAGCACGGCGAUGGCGGAGGACAAGUACAACCGGAAGAACCCGGCCGUGAAGCGAAUUCUUCAGGAGGUCAAGGAGAUGCAGUCCAAUCCCUCCGACGAUUUCAUGAGCCUCCCUCUCGAGGAGAAUAUAUUUGACUGGCAAUUCGCGAUUCGAGGGCCGCGGGAUACGGAGUUCGAGGGCGGGAUUUACCACGGCAGGAUUCAGUUGCCGGCGGACUACCCGUUCAAGCCUCCGUCCUUCAUGCUGUUGACGCCGAAUGGUCGGUUCGAAACGCAGACCAAGAUUUGCUUGAGCAUUUCGAAUCAUCAUCCUGAGCACUGGCAGCCGUCGUGGAGCGUGCGGACUGCUUUGGUUGCUCUUAUUGCAUUCAUGCCCACCCACCCAAAUGGUGCGUUGGGAUCACUGGAAUACAAAAAGGAAGAAAGGCGUACUCUGGCUGUCAAAUCUCGUGAGACAGCCCCAAAAUUUGGAACUCCUGAACGUCAGAAGAUAAUCGAUGAGAUUCAUGAAUGUAUGCUAAGCAAGGCGCCACCUAUUCCUGAAAUAAACUCCCCACCGGCUUCCAAAGAGCAUCCUUCAAGCAAGGAAGGUGAGGCCAAUGGAACCACACAAAAUGCUGGAGCCACACUUACUGGGGAAGAGCUCCCAAACCCGGCCACAGGAGCAGAUGACAGAAUUGUUGAAGAAAUGCAGGAAUCCCCUCUGAAUGCUAACCCCACUCGUGAAAUACCAAGGGUGUUGAACGAAGCUUCUUCCAGUGGAUCAACUCGAGUGGUACAACAGCCAGAAAUGAGAGUUCAAAAACCAACUGAUGAUAGGCUAUUCACAUUGGCUGCUGUUGGACUUACCAUUGCCAUAUUGGUUCUUCUGCUGAAGAAGUUUUUGAAAUCUAGUGGAUAUGGUGCUGUGUUCAUGGACGAGUCUUAGCCGUAGUGUUCAUGGACGAGUCUUAGACAGUGAUGAUUCUUACCGCCAUCAAAGCUCAAGAUGCCUUGGCUAAUUGUUUGUUGAUGUUUGCCAUAUAUAUAAUAUAUUUGAAGAAUCUGUAAUCUAUUUGACAAUCUCAACUCCAAAUGUACACAAUUGUAAGUGAAAAUAUUUCGACUUUCUGCUGCA